AACGUUUUGCAACAGAAUAGUUUUAAUGAAUAGGCUUGUAGACGACCUGCGUUACGAUGUGCGUUUCAAUGUGGAGUAAUUUUGCGUAAAUAUGUCGGUCAACCAGUUUUAAGCGUUUUUCCCAAUUCAGUUUCUCAGCCAAGGUGUAGCGUAGCCGGUAACAGUUGUCCUUAAAACGACCAACGCCUCUUGUACACAGGCUGGGUUUCGACAUCACGGGGGAUAUUUAUAUCUCGGGAAAUGGUGCUCCCCUUGAAAUGCACUUGUCGUUAUCGCGCUUCGGUAUCACACAAUGACGGCAAGGUUAGUAUAGGGCGUCAUUGCCAGUGCAAUGGUUGUGCCAGAUCUACUGAGCAGGCGUCAGUGUCGCCAAUUACUCAAACAUUUUGUAUCUGUACGCGGUGGAAUAUAGAAUUUCUUAGAAACUAGGUCGGUGACUUGAGUGUAAGUACAGUAUGCUUCUGUCAAUAAUGUACAAUUUGCUUGCCUUGUAUCAAAAUUGUCUGCCUAUCACACUUCAAUGGUGCUACUCUCUUAUGCUGCCAAAACAGUAUCUACCAUCAUAACCUACUACUACAGUAUACUGUAGUCAAUGUUUACUGUAGAGAUCUUGUUUUAUUGUACAGUAGUUAUUCAUGCUUUAGUUAGAAAAAGUAGGUUGUGAAUACUUGAUCUUAAAACAGAUCAGCUGUUCAGAUUUCCUGUCUGGCAACAUUUUUCAUUUUAGUCAUUUAGCAGACGCUCUUAUCCAGAGCGAUUUACAGGAGCAAUUAGGGUUAAGUGCCUUGCUCAAGGGCACAUCGACAUAUUUUUCACCUAGUCGGCUCGGGGAUUAGAACCAGCGACCUUUCGGUUACCUUCACUACGCUCUUAACCACUAAGCGACCUGCCACCCGCAACAAUUUAGGGUAUUUCACAAUAUGAUAUAACGUUCGUUUCUCACAGUUAUUGGCUAUUUCAGACAGGGUCACUUGUGAUCAACAACUACCUGACCAGACACUUGAGGAAAGCUUGGAGCUCCCCCCAGGUUUGGGUUUGGGCUGUGGGGACAUGUAUGGGGAUAAACGUGUGCCUCAGUAUUUAGUUACAAACCGUCAGUGAUUUUGACACAGAGCCAGACGAGGGUUGUCACUAGUUACCACAGCCACAAAGUCAAAAUUGUCUCUAGCGUAAAAAUUCAUGAAAACAAACAUUUGCUUUUUGGUCUUCAUUUAAGGUUAGGGUUAGGCAUAAGGUUAAUAGUGUGGUUAGGUUUAAAAUCUGAUUUUAAGAAGAGACAUUGUAGAAAUAGGCGGGGUUUAGCCAGAUGUAUUACUUUAUGACUGUGGUAACUAGUGACGACACAGACGGGAUCAACGAGUUGUGUUUACUUUCCAGAACUAGCCAAUGAUUGGUUGCACCACACAUGUUAGCUGAAGGUGAGGUUCGUUUCAUUCAACCGUUUUCUCAAGGGCACUAGGAGGAAUGUUUCACCAUUUUGGCGAAGAAACAACACAGUACUUCGAAUCGGACAUGUUAUUCUUAGUAGGGCAGGGAUCAGCUUAUUUUUGGGAGCAGAAUUGAUGAGAGUUGUUCUAUGAAGAAGAACUAGAACUGCAACAUUUCAAGUAACAUUGAAGAACGCCGUUUGCCAUACAGUUUCGCUUCCUCCUAAAAUGCCUUGCAAAAUAAAUCCUUGCAUGAAAUAUGGGGGGGGCGUAGUAGUAGUACAUGCACUUUGGCUGACCCAUGACAACGUGAUAGCUCCUGUGGCGCAGUGGUCUAAGGCACUGCAUCGCAGCGCUAACUGUGCCACUAGAUCCCUGGUUCGAAUCCAGUCUCUGUCGCAGCCGGCCGCGACCGGGAGACCCAUGGGGCGGCGCAUAAUUGGCCCAGCGUCGUCCAGGGUAGGGGAGGGAAUGGCCGGCAGGGAUGUAGCUCAGUUGAUAGAGCAUGGCGUUUGCAAUGCCAGGGUUGUGGGUUCGUUUCCCACGGGGGGCCAGUAUAAAAAAAAAAAAUGUAUUCACUAACUGUAAGUCGCUCUGGAUAAGAGCGUCUGCUAAAUGACUAAAAUGUAAAUGUAAAAAAUGUGAUAAUAAAACUAAAUCAACAAAUAUUCCCAACUGUUGCAAGGCAGCCGGUGGUAAAUACAUGGGUCCGCCGGGGGUAAAUACAUGGGUCCUGGCCUGAGGUCAGAUACUACAGAAGUAGGUGUUGACAUAGUUGGGUAUACAGUAUCUACAGUUGGUGAUACCAUGUCUGUACUGUACAGUACACUAAAAAAGACACCAUAAAUGCUUUAACGUGCAGCACUGUUCUAAGCAUGCCAAUUGUUACAGCACAUCUGUCCUUUGACCCACAAAGGUGUUUUAUUUAUACAUUGUAAAUCAAGUCAAGUUCAGUUUACAGUCUGUUGCUGUGGGCUCUAGUGGUUAACUACUUUAUAGCCAAAACGGUGUCAAUCAUACACUGGUAUUGUAGAUUUCAAGUCAGGAUUCGUCCCUUUGUGCUCACUGCUCACAGGCCUACAGGUACAGUAGCAGAAUAUCUGUCAAACUCCUAUUGACAUGAUUCAGUGCAUGAUGUAGGUAAAAGUCUGACUUACUCUACUGUACGGGUGUAUAUCUCACGUUCCUAUUUGCAUCUCUACUAUGAACUUAUACUCCCCUGUGUGUUUUUCUCUCUCUCAGUAACGAGUGGUAAUGGCGAGCUUCUCUCCGCUGGUCCUGUCCAUCGCUGCCACCAGCUUUGUGACAUUCCAGUGUCUGUUCCAUUUUGUCAGUCCCUGGAUCUCUGCUCAGUUCUGCCCUGGGUACCGCCGUCUCAGCCCCAGACACACCGUAGAAUGGAACUCCAGGUACAGCAUCAGGAGACUGAGAAGUGAUAUUUUGGUAUUAUUCAAUCAUGUCAUUCAAAGCUCCUAUCAGAAUACAUAUUGGAUUAUAAUUUUCCCAGUUAAAGUACUUUUCUGAGCGUAGACCCUUUCAAAUAUCGUUGUGUAGCAUUUUUCCAUGGCAUGGAAUCCCACAGCUACCACCAAAUGUCAAGUUUAAGUUAGUAUGCUUUUAUGAGUAUGUGUAUCUGUAUUUCUGUGAUAUUUUUUCUAGAACUGUGUCUACAUUUCACGCCUUGAUAGUGGGGCUUUUUUGUCUCUACAUAUUACUAUUUGACAAUGCCGUCAAUGAAGACCCAGUCUGGUAAGAAUCUCCGUCACUGCUAAGUGUGCAAUUCUUGAUAUUCUUGAUAUAAUCUUAUAUUUGGAAUAUUUCCCUAUAUUUUCCACAUGUGCUUUGUGCCUUCUUACCAAUAGGGGAGAUCCGUCACUGGUGAAAAUAAAUGUGGCCAUAACCUGUGGCUACCUCAUAUCAGGUGGGUCUCCACUUCAAACAUAUUUAACCCCUGUAUUACUUUGUAUAUUUCCAUGGAUUAUCUUGACCCAUACAGUGAGCUAUCUCCCUUGUCUGUCUUGCAGAUAUGCUGCUCAUAUGUUACUAUUGGCUGGCGAUAGGGGACAAGUUUUUUGUAAUCCACCACCUGGCAGCACUGUAUGCUUACUACUAUGUACUGGUGAGUUCCCUACUGACCCAGAGCAGAAUGUGCAGGCAAGCUGGGGAAGGGACAAGGGCCAAGGGUGAACAUCCAUGUAGUUUGAUGGGGUGGGUUAGAAUGGAUAACAAAGUGCUAAUCAGGGACGAAAUAGUUUGGUUCCAAUUUACAUUCAGUAUCCCCAAUAUGUGUAGGCCUAUAUUUGGAACACUUUGAUAUAUAGUGUUGUGAGACACUUUGAUUUACAGUGUUGUUAUUGACCUAUAAAUACAGUGCUAUAAGUGUUAUUACUCAGUUGUUUUGCUGUACUUACUAGGGUUAUUACACAGUAAUAGAACACUGUAAACCAGGGUUAGGCAAGUAGAUUCAGCCGUGGGCCGAUUUUUGUUGGAGAAAAUGGUUGACAAACUUUGUACACUGCAAAUUGACCACAACUAAGCCCACAAAGAGAUUGUAUUUAAAAAAUAACAAUAAUUUCAUACCUUGAUUACAUUCAGUCUCUUUUUUUAUUUUUGGGAAUACUUGAACAGAUUUCCUAAAAUAAACACAUUUUUAGCUGAAUUCCUGGAUAUUUUGCGGUCUUUUUGACCAAAAACGAUUAACAUGUCUCCAGGAAACCGGACUGUAGAGUUUCUGUGCAUAAUGUAUUCUCUUACUUCUCUCAAUCUGUAAUGAUGGUGAUUGGUGCAUGCUGCCUUUUUGCUUGUUUCGACCUUUUGACCCUAGACCCUAUACACCAAUACAAAGACAGGGUCCUCCUCUCAUUUCAUUUUUCCAAAUCACCACUGACUUUUCUUAGUAAAAUGUACUGGAUAAUUUCCAGUCCUUUUUGGGGGUAAUGUUAGAAUGGAUUAUAGAGUAAGGUUUUGAAAUGGAUAUUGAGACAUUAACAGCAUCCACAUAGUUAGUCCAUAUCUUUUUUUUUUUCUCUAGAAUGUUUUUUCUCUUCUUCAAUGUUGGGAUGGGGGCUUUUAAUGGUGCCAGAUCUCACUAGUUGCACUUUUCUUCUGUUUAGGUAUUUAUUUCCAUGUCUCUCCUCCACUUACAUGUGUGAUCAAUUAACCCAGUCUUGUGUCUCUAAUCUGCUAACAAUACAGUACAUGAAAAAAGGUCCUAAAAAAGAACAGGCCUGGGUCAAUUGGCUAUAGAAGGGGUCCCUUCCUAUCUUGUCUAGUGGAUUCUGUUGUGGUACAUAGAGCACAUGUUGCCUAAUAACAGUAUGGACUUACCAGUACAUAGAGGUACAAGCAUGCACUGCUGGAUUGUCACCACCAAUUUUUGAACACAUUUUGAACAUUUCUAUGUGACCCAACUUGAUUAACCGUGUCAGAACCCCAGUAAGUACACCUAGAUUUUAAAUUUUUUAUGGAUCGUACGGUAGGUUUACGAUCAUGAUGUAUCAUGAAUUCGCAUAUUAUUGAAGGUACUUCUCUUGCCAUUAUUUUCUUUGCACUUUGUUCUGUCUCUUUCUCUUUUAGAGCAUAGGAAUGUUGCCGUAUUUUGCUAACUUCCGUCUGGUCGCAGAGCUUUCCACUCCUUGUGUGAACCAGCGGUAGGUAACCUCUGUGUCAAAUAGACCCACGCACACACAAACAUAAUUUUUACUGGGAAGUAGAGGGAACCUCGUAAAAUAACAAUUUAUUUGCCCUUACAGUAUAUGAAUAGUGGCUUUUGUCGUUGGUAGUAGUGCAUUCAACCGUUUCAGAAACACUAUUGACCGUUAAUGUUUAACUACUUAUAGUGAGUCAGACCAGUUACACCCAGCUGAAAGCUUGAACAGUGUCUGAACUACAUCAUUAGAGACACAUGUUUCAUACUUAAUAAUACAUUUUGAGUCACAUACAUUUCCAAUUGUAUACUAUUAUCCUGAUUUAAUCCAACAAAGACAAAAUACAGAUUCACUGUUAAACAUUUACAUUUAUAUUUUAGUCAUUUAGCAGACGCUCUUAUCCAGAGUGACUUACAGUUAGUGCAUUCAUCUUAAUAUAGCUGGGUGGGACAACCACAUAUCUCAGUCAUAGCUACUUUGAGUAAAAAUAUACUUACUAUCAGCAAAGUCAGUGCUAGUAGAAAAAGAGUCAAGUGUGAGUGUUAGUUUAACAGGUAUGAUUUCAGAUGUUUUCGGAAGAUGGGCAGGGACUCUGCUGUCCUAGCGUCAGGGGGAAGCUCGUUCCACCAUUGGGGUGCCAGGACAGAGAAGAGCUUUGACUGGGCUGAGCGGGAGCGGCCCUCCCAUAGGGGUGGGAGAGCCAAGAGGCCAGAGGUGGCAGAACAGAGUGCUCGGGUUAGGGUGUAGGGUUUGAACAUAGCCUGAAGGUAGGGAGGUGCAGUUCCCUGAGGAAUUGUACUUAAAACCUUUAAGUGCUGGGUAUACUGUAGAUAUGUGUAAAGUGAGUCAUCUUACUGGAACAAUGCCAGUUGAUAUCCAUGACUCCAUUACAAUUGAGUCCAACUUCAACUGCCAUCUCACUCUGUCACCAUAACUGUACUAACUGUGUCUAUCUUUCAGCUGGUUCUUUGAAGUGCUUGGUUACCCAAAGAAAUCAUUACCAAAUAUGGUCAACGGAAUUGCCAUGACGGCAUCCUUCUUCCUGGUGAGGAUAGCGGUCAUGCCGAUGUACUACACCCGGAUGUACGCUGUGUACGGGACGGAACCCUUCUACCGGGUGACUUUUGGUGGCCGUUGUGCCUGGAUGGGCCCCAGUUUCUGUCUAGACAUUAUGAACGUCAUGUGGAUGCAUAAAAUGGCCCGUGGCUGCAUUAGUGUCCUGCGCUCUCCCGGAAAGGUAAAAGUGGAAAAGCUACAGAAUGGGAAAGUGCACUGAGGGGUUGAAAAAGGCAAUGGUGGAGUUAUUUUAUUCUAUGUCUGGUUCAAAUGGUUCAUGGACAUUUUUGGAUCAAAUGGUUCAUGGACUGGAAAUGUCUUGAGAGUCCCUAGUAUCCCGUGACCAGGUAAAUUGUGUACCACUACACUUAUUUGCCCAGAACACUGCCAAUUAAACAAGCGCUACAGUCCUCCACCAUGAUGGGAGGGGACAUGGUAAAAGCCAUUGGACUGCGUCUCCUCUUGGUCCUUAGAAAUGGAGGAAGUGGAUGGAAACAAACAGACAAUACUCUAAAGCACAGCUCCUCUUGUCUGCUGGACCCUUUGUUUGUAAAUUGUAUAUGUCCACCUAAAGGUGUCUUGUGUGUAUUGCCACAAUAACAUGAACUGACAUGGAAGAGAAUGUAAAAGGAGCUCACAUAGUUUUGUAAUGUUUAUAAAGCCAUAAAGAUGGCUCUUGUACAAAUAUCAUGAGAUAUUGUAUGAAAAUUUAAUCCUUACUUGAAAUCUGUGUUUUCACCAGCAUUAGGGUGUAAAAUGCAUAUAUUGUCAGACUACUGAAGUCUCUCUGCUCAGGAGCCUGCUCAUGCAGUAGGCCUAGGAAAUAUUAGUCAUGCACAUAAAGUAUCAGGGUAGAUUUAGACAAACCACAGCAAACAAAUGCCAGAAUGUAUUGUCAUUUUAUCUCUAGAAGUGACCUUACUGAGUGUGAUUUAUGAUAACAGCAAUAAAAGUGCACUUAUGUCUAACUGACACACCCACACUAUAACUUCACACAAGCAUCUUUGCACGGUUUACAAAUUACAGAUAAAACUUCAGAAGUCUCAAGCUUCAUAAUGUAAUGUGAAAAAUGUCAUUAAAGGGAUACUGCAAGAUUCUGGCAUUUAAUCCCUUUUUCUGGUUACCCAGAGUCCGAUGAACUUGUAUGUCUGUAUGAAGUUAGAAUAGCAAUGCUACUGUACCUUAAG